AUGCAGCUGUCGCUCGCACUCCUGGCGGCCGUGGGCCAGGCCGCGCUCAGUGCUGCCUCCACACUCACGCCGCCCGUCUUGCCGCUGAUUGUCCGCAGCCCCUACCUCAGCACAUGGCUCGGAGAUGCUCGGGAAGCACCCUGGUCCAAAUGGCCCAUGUUCUACACCGGAGAGGAGGUGGGCCUCUCCGUUAUGGCCCACGUCCCCAGCCAGGGCGUCGUAUACCCGCUCCUGGGCCGACCCCAACAGGACCUGACGUCCGACGCAUAUCCAGUCCAGUUUCCCGAAUACCUCGGACAUAACUACGACGCUUCAACGACCAACUUGACCUACCGUAUUGAUACGGGUAAGACACCACUUGAUAUCACUGUCUCGUUCCUUUCUCCCAUUACGCCCACGUCGACUCUGCGGCAGUCGAUUCCGGCCUCCUACAUCACGAUCGAUGUCCAGGGUGACACCGAUGUCAACGUGUAUAUGGAUGUUGAUGGACGCUGGGUGACGGGUGACAUUGGUGCUCCACUACACUGGCAGCGGGACACAGUCGCGGUCGAGGAUCACAAGCCCUCCCUUCAGAGUUGGCAGUUCCGCAGAGAGAAUGAGCUCCAUCUGUCAGAGAUCCGAGACCGCGCAGAAUGGGGCACCCUUCACUUCACCGGACCCGCUAGUGCCCAGUAUCAGUCUGGCGGUGCAGCCAUAGUGCGGCGAGCCUUUGCCAGCACCGGCACCCUGCGCAAUGAGAACGAUGAGCGAUUCCGGCCUAUUAAGGACCACUGGCCUGUCUUUGCCUUCUCCAAAUCCUUCAAGUUGGGCCAGAAGUCGCAGGAAACAACAGACAGCGUCACAUUCACCAUUGCUCUUAUCCAGAUUCCCGUCGUGCAAUUUGCAGCUUCCCGCGGACUGACCCAGAUGCGGCCCCUCUGGAACUCUUGGUUUCCAACUACCGAAGAGCUGCUCGGGUUCCACUACAAGGAUCAUUCCGCAGCGCUGGCGCUGGCGUCCAACUACUCGGAGCAAUUGGCUGCGGAUGCCUACCUGUCCGGAGCCGAUGACUAUGUUGACAUUGUUGCCCUCACCGCGCGGCAGGUUAUGGGUGCAACCACCUUCUCCGGGACACCAGAAGAUCCUAUCCUGUUCCUCAAGGAGAUCUCAUCGAAUGGCAAUUUCCAAACUAUCGAUGUCAUCUUCCCCGCCUUCCCGUUCUUCAUGUACACCAACCCGCGGUGGCUGGCAUACCUGCUCGAACCGCUAAUCGAACACAUGCUGAGCGGACAGUAUCCCAACACGUAUGCCAUGCACGAUCUAGGCACCCACUUCCCCAAUGCUACCGGCCAUCCGGACGGAAACGACGAGUACAUGCCUGUCGAGGAGUGUGGUAACAUCCUCAUCAUGGGACUGGCUAUCGUGAACUCUCUCAUCUACGAUGAGUCGUCGGAAGCUUCAUCAAUCUGGUCUACUGAGGGCUCACAUCCCAUCAACAUUUGGAAAGAAGCCUCGGGAAGCUUCCCGCUGGAUGGCCAGCAGAUCCUGUCUGGAGUUUCCCAUCAGGAUGGGAAAUGGGGCGGCGGUGUACACGGUCAGCGUCUGGCUGAGGAAUGGGUGAAGCGCAGCUACCGUCUGUGGAAGCAGUGGACGGCGUAUCUGGUGGAAUUCUCCCUGGAACCUGCCAAUCAACUUUCAACCGAUGAUUUUGCGGGCUGGCUGGCGCUGCAAACGAACCUGGCUCUUAAGGGCAUUGUGGGCAUCAACGCCAUGAGCAAGAUUGCCGAGGUGGCCGGACACAAGUCUGAUGCUGAAUACUUCAAGAAAAUCGCCGACAGCUACAUCGCCAAAUGGGAAGAAUUCGGCAUGUCCCGAGAUGGGACGCACGCCAAACUAGCCUACGACUGGUACGGAUCCUGGACAACAAUCUACAACCUUUACGCAGAUGCACAGCUCUGCUUCCAUCUGGAAGACACCGACACAGAGACCCCCGGCUUUGUCCCACGACACAUCUACCAGAAACAAUCUGUGUGGUACCACUACGUGCGCCAGAAAUACGGCCUUCCCUUGGACAGCCGUCACCUCUACACCAAGACCGACUGGGAGUUUUUCUCCAUGGCGGUAGCCUCCAAGCCCGUCCGCUCCGAGAUCCUCGAGUCCGUCGCCACCUGGGUUAACGAGACCGUCACCGAUCGCCCCUUCACCGACCUCCACCAGACAGAAGGUGACGGCAACUUCCCUGGCCCGAAUUUCUUUGCCCGACCCGUCAUCGGCGGCCACUUCGCUUUCCUGGCGCUGCAGCGUGCAUGCGGCGGUCGUGCAAUGAAGGGCCUCUCUUUUCUAGAUGACGUCGACGACGAGACCAUGGCUGCGUGGUCGCGCAGCGCUGAAGCUGCCGCUGCGGAAUUUGUUGCCCCUGCGGCGGGGCGCGACCGGUUCAGUGACGGUGAGCUGUAG